AUGACCGGAAUUCGUUCAUCACUCUCCAAACACAAUCUAUUUAAACGUCUUGGCAUGAUAUUUUUAAUUUUGGCCUCUGCCACUGGAACCUAUUUAAUUUUAAAUCAAGAUGAAGUCCCAAUUACUGGCAGAUCAAGAUUGGUUAGCUACUCUAAAGAAGAAGAACAUGAACUUGGUCAAAUGGGUUAUGACGAAAUGACCAAAGAAUACUCUCCUUACUUUUUACCAGAAAAUAACCAAGUUCAAAAUAGAGUAAGAGAAAUUGCCAAACGUAUUAUCGAUGUUACCGGUCGUAGAGAUUUACAAUGGGAAUGCCAUGUAGUAAACUCUGAAACUGUUAAUGCCUGUGUUUUACCCAAUGGCAAAAUUUUUAUAUUUAGUGGUCUCUUUGAAAUCUGCGAAAGUGAGGAUGAAUUAGCAAGUGUUCUUAGUCAUGAAAUUGGCCAUGCUGUUGCUCGUCAUGCUGCUGAACGUCUUUCAAUCAGCAAACUAGGCUAUUUAUUUCUUACCCUAACUCGUGGUUUAAUUGGUGAAACUAUCACUGGCAAUCUCACUACUCUUUUCUCUACCAACCUUUUAAAUUUACGUUAUAAUCGUAUUCAAGAGAUUGAAGCCGAUCUCAUUGGUUUAGAAUUUAUGGCAAAAGCAAACUAUAACCCAUAUGCAGCCCUUUCAAUUCAAAAGAAAUUACAAAAAUAUGAAAACUCCAUCAAAGACACCAGCACCAGUAUUUCAACAUUAGAUUUCUUAUCAACCCAUCCAGCUCCAGAAGAAAGAAUUUUAAAAAUUGAAAAUUGGUUAAAUCAAAACUCUUCAAAAUUUAAUUUCAAAAACAAUCAAACCAUUGAAAAAAAUAAACUAGGCAAUGAAAACUUAGCAAACACUGUCAGUAAAAACAGUGCAAAUGUAAAUUCUCUUUCCUCCACAACAAGACUCUCUUACUUAAGUCAAAAAUAA